GCAAAAACUGCUUCUCAAAAAUGCAGAUGUUCCUGUUAUCAUGAAUACUUAUUUUAGUCAGAAGGUGCUAUUCAGUGAACAUUCAGAAACAAGAGAGAAGACAUAUGGUCUUACAAAGGUGCUUGUUAAGAAGAAUGUUAUAUCUUUGGCACAGCCGUUCAGACUAGAUGACCUUGAUGAUGAGUUGUGCCAGGAAUCUUCAGAUAAUCAGGUUGCUUGUGCUCCACAAAUCCAUAACAACCAUGCUGUGAAACAGCAUCCCUUGGUGCGCAGUACUGUUAAUGAUUCUCUGCUUGAAAUGGUGGAAAGCCAGGGGGCAGUGGGAUGGAGAGAAACGAAGGUCCGAGUCGUUAUCCAAAGGGUGUACUGUUUGCCUGCAAAAGAAGGUUACAGAAGCCACAUUCAAGGAAACAAGGCUCUUUGUGCAACACCCAUCACAAAUUCAGAUCCACCAAAUGUUAGGUUAUGCCUCCUUGUCCAGGAUGCCUAUGGCAUGUUCAGUGAAGUGCAGCUGCAGUCCUUGAGUUCUGCAGAUGACAUUGAGCAGUACUGCAGGAGAUGGGAAGGAAAAUUCUGCUGCCUAUCUGGAAUGAAAGUUUUGCAAAGAACCACAAGAGGAAGGGCAUUAGGACUUUUUAGUCUAAUAGACAGUUUGUGGCCUCCAGUAGUGCCUGUAAAAGUUCCUGGACAAAGUCAAGACUCUGAAAUGAUGACAACUAAUCUUCCUCCUCCCAGCUUCUGUUAUAUUCUUACUGGUCAGUCUGGUGAAAUACAUGUGGAAGUGGAUGAAGAAGAACAGAUUUCUAAUUUGUACCAGCCACCAGUUGUUCAUGAUCUAAAGGAUAUUCUUCAGAUCGAUGGUUGUAAUGAACGUUGUAGCUUUUGGGCGCAAGUGCUAUAUCUAAGGCUGCAGACAAAACACAGUGUUCCUAUAAAUCAAAGAGAAAUUUGGUUGUUUGUGACUGACUCCACAUUGCAAGAUGUGGUUCAUAUCACUCCAAAAGUUGUUGCUGUGUCAGUUGCUGCAUCGUGUGUUCUCAGUACAGAAAUCACGGAAGCCCUCGGUGUUGCCUCGCGACUCGUCUUCUUCAAGGAUGCGCUGUGGGGAAAUGGUAGGAUUAUUUGUGUUGAACGUACUGUUCUCUUAUUACAAAAGCCUCUUUUGUACUCGGCUGCCGGUGCUGACCUCAGUGAGCUGACUGGCCCUGUCAGACUCGAUGAGCUGGAUUCUACAACGCAGGCCAACUCCGUUUGUGCUGUAAGAGGUACUGUUGUUGGAGUUAAUGAGAGCACUGCUUUCUCCUGGCCUACAUGUGACAGAUGUGGCAGUGGAAAGUUGGAACUGUGUCCCCAGGACAGAGGGUUACUGUAUUGCAACCAGUGCUCUGAAGUUGUCACUUCACCAGUUUUGAAAAUGCAGCUGGAAGUCUUCUUGAGUUGUCCAUCCCGAUCACAAAGUACAGUAAAAGUAAAGCUGUUACAAAGGACAAUCUCUUCCCUCCUGACGGCCUCCGCCAAUGAGGAUGGGAGUUAUGAGGUGCAGAGCGUGCUGGGAAAGGAGGUGGGGUUCUUGAACUGCUACGUCCGCUCCAUAAUCAGCCACCCCAACUGCGUCGCGCUGGAGGAAAUUGUUCUUCUGGAAGCAGCAGCAAGACACUGA